GUGUUUUCGUGUUGAAUAUUUGAAAUUUUCUGUGAAAUUAUAAUCACAUUUAACUAUUUUUACAAACGUUUCGUUAAGACUAACUUUGUUGUGCUUGUGCGAAAAGUAGUGGCCAGAAAAACGGAGCUGAAAUACCGAUUACAUGCUUGGCUUCGGGCCACUUGUCAGUUGCGAAGAUACACUCAGGUGCAAAGGGUGAGAGUGUGCGAAAUGGCGCCAAAAAACGACCCGGAACUCAUCGCCUUACGCAAAGAGCUCGACGAGCUUUACAAUACUCUGAAGGACGAGCAGAAGAAGCAAGCUGACACCACCCUCGAAAGCGCUUGCAGCGGCGUCGCCGACGCUCCGAGAGUCAAACUCAUCACCAGGAAGCUGAUGAAGGGCCAUUUGAACAAAGUCAACUCGGUGCAUUACAGCGGAGAUAACAGGCACUGCGUUACCGGCUCGCUUGACGGGAAAUUGAUCAUUUGGGACACGUACACGGGGAACAAAAUGCAGAUUAUACCCCUGAGGUCGGCCUGGGUGAUGAGCGUGGCGUACGCACCGUCGGGGAAUUUUGUCGCUUGUGGUGGCAUGGACAACAUGUGCACCGUGUACGACCUGAACAACCGCGACUCCUCCGGCGUGGCCAAGAUGGUGCGCGAGCUGGCGGGUUACGACGGCUUCCUCAGCUCGUGCCGCUUCCUGGGUGACCGCAACAUCAUCACAGGCUCCGGCGACAUGAAAAUUUGCAAGUGGGACUUGGAGACCGGUCGCAAAACCUCCGACUUCGUCGCCCACAACGGCGACGUCGUCUCCAUCAGUCUCUCCCCGGAUGGCAACAGUUUCGUGACGGGAAGUGUCGACAAGACUUGCCGGUUGUGGGACAUGAGAGAGGAGAAACCGAGACAAACCUUCUUCGGACACGAAUCCGACGUUAAUUCAGUUUGCUUUCAUCCAAGCGGUUACGCUUUCGCCACCGGAUCUGAGGACAAGUCCGCGAGAAUGUUUGAUAUAAGGAGCGACCAGCAGUUGGCGCAUUAUAAGCCGCCGACGGCCAACAGCGGGUUCACUUCGUGCGGGUUGUCGGUCAGCGGAAGGAUUUUGUUCUGUGGGUCGGAUGAUAACAACGUCCACAUGUGGGACACCCUCAAGAACCAACAUAAUGGGACUUUGUCGGGACACGAAAAUAGGGUCACGUCGCUGUCGGUUGCCCCAAAUGGCAUUGCCGUGGUCACCUCCAGUUGGGACCAGCAUGUGAGGGUUUGGGGUUGAAACGAAAUGCCAUCAAUGUGAUUCAAUAAAUAAACUUUUCUUCCAAAA